AUGGAAGAAGCAUGUGAAGCAGGAAUUGGUGUUAUAGCAGAGCCAGGUGGCAGCAUCAGAGAUCAGGAGGCCAUAGACUACUGCAACAAUUACGGAGUUUCAUUACUUUUACCCAUGUUAGGCAUUUUAGGCACUGAAGAGUUUUAUAUAGAUUUUUUUACUUCGCCCUUAAGUUGGCAUUGUCUUGAAAAUGUCGAUUUUGAUCAUGACCCGAAACUACUUGUCCUAAGUCUUAACACAUACCAUCAAUUGUCUUUGUGA